AUGCAAGGUAGGAGGUACACGGAGAAGGAGGUUGAUGAGGAAGAGUAUGAUGAGGAUGAGGUGAACAAGGAGCUGGAGCGUGACGUGGUUGCAGUUGAAGACGACGCCCACCUCCUGGAUUUCUGGCUCGAGUACCUGCACAAGGGGUGCAGCCCUCCCCUCAUCCACAGGGACGUGAAGACGAGCAACAUCCUCCUGGGCCCGAACCUGGAGGCCAAGAUCGGCGACUUCGGCCUGAGCAAGGCGUACAACAGCCAUGUGACCACCACCGUCGCCGGCACGCCCGGAUACCUCGACCCCCACCCGACCGAUGCGAAUCCGAGUAAUUCGGCCGCGGCCGCCGCCCACCGGGACGUGUACGCCUUCGGGGUGCUGCUUGAGGCGAUCACGGGGCGGCCGUCCAUCCUGCGCGACCCGGGGCCACCCACAUCGUCCAGUGGGCGCUGCGACAUCGAGGGCGUGCUGGACGCGCGCAUGAUGGCGAUGGCGCCUCCAGAAGAGGAGUACGACAUCAACGGCGUCUGGAACGCCGCCGACGUUGCGCUCAAGUGCACCAAGCAGGCGUAG